AUGAAUGUAUUGCCUAGAAUGUUGUUUUUAUUUCAGACAUUGCAGAUUUUGGACAAGAUGGACUGUUUCAAGAAGUGGCAGAAAGAUAUAUCUAAAUUUGUCUGGCAGGGCAAAAAGCCCAGAAUAAAAUUUAAGAAUCUAACUGAUGCUAAAGAUAGAGGGGGGUUUGCCCUGCCGGACUUAAGACUCUACUAUGAAUCGGCGGCUUUCUGCUGGUUGAAACAGUGGCUACUUCUUGAGAAUACAGAUAUUUUGGAUCUAGAAGGGUUUGAUAAUAGAUUUGGUUGGCAUGCAUAUAUAUGGUAUGAUAAGGUAAAACAGCAUAAAGGUUUCAAAAACCAUAUUGUUAGGAAAGCAUUAUACAAUGUUUGGAUGCGGUAUAAAGAUCUAUUGGAAAGUAAAACUCCCAGGUGGUUGUCACCAAUGGAAGCUAAAGAGGUGAAAAAACUUAAUAUGGAGUCUAAAUGGCCAAAAUAUUGUGAAAUUCUAGAACAAGAUGGGGAAAAAGUUAAAUUACAGAGCUAUGAGAAAUUAAAGUCCAAAGUGCGAGAUUGGUUGCACUACCUUCAGAUAAACGAGACAUUUAAACAGGACAGGAAAAUAGGUUUCCAGAUGGAGAGGUCAAAAUUGGAAACAGAACUGUUAGAACCCAAUACUAAGAAUCUGUCGAGAAUGUAUAAUCUGCUGUUGAAAUGGAAUACACAGGAUGAAACGGUGAAAUCAGCUAUGAUAAAAUGGGCACAAGAUAUCGGUCAUAACAUUAUGUUUGCUGACUGGGAACAGUUGUGGACCACCGGUAUUAAAUUUACGGCAUGUAAUGCCUUAAGAGAAAACAUUAUGAAAAUGAUGUAUAGGUGGUACAUGACCCCAGUCAAGCUUGCAAAAAUUUAUCAUCUGCCCAAUAACAAAUGUUGGAAAUGUAAUGAGACUGAAGGUACUUUUUAUCACCUUUGGUGGACCUGCCCGAGGAUAAAAGCUUUUUGGGAAAUGAUCUAUAAUGAAAUUAAGAAGGUUCUUAAAUGGACCUUCCCUAAAAAACCAGAGGCUUUUCUCUUGGGCAUUGUCGGCCAAUUGGUGAGAAGGAAGGACAGGACGUUUUUUAUGUAUGCGACAACAGCAGCAAGGAUUCUUCUAGCAAAGUAUUGGAAGACACAACAACUACCCACACUGGAAGAAUGGCAGACGAAGGUGAUCGACUAUAUGGGACUGGCCGAAUUGACUGGCAGAAUCCGUGACCAGGGGAAAGAGACAGUGGAAGAAGAUUGGAAGAAAUUUAAAGUUUAUCUUAGAACUUGUUGUAAAAUUCAGGAAUGUUAA